AUGGCUGGUGAAGAGGUGAUUUUGUUGAGUGUCUAUGCGAGCAUGUUCAGUAUGAGGGUCAGAAUAGCACUAGCUGAGAAGGGUGUCAAGUAUGAACUCAAGGAAGAGGACUUGACGAACAAGAGCCUGCUUCUUCUUGAGAUGAAUUCUGUUCACAAGAAAGUUCCAUACAUAGAUGAGGUAUGGCAUGACAAGAAUCCAUUGGAACCAUCUGAUCCUUAUGAGAGGGCUCAAGCAAGGUUCUGGGCUGACUUUAUUGACAAGAAGGUACCCUGCAAGAUUUCUGUGUGA